GUUGUAUCUUUUAGGUUUAAAAAUCUCCCCGAAAAACCAUCCCUUCCACAGUUGACGACCUUCUCUCAAUCUCCACUUUUUUUCUUCCUUUUUUUCGUUUUUGUUUUUCUUGGUUCCAAAGAAACUUUCUUUUUCUGUUUCUGCCUUCAAUUCCUUUUUCAGUUUCUCUCUUUUUUGUGCGUGUGUUCUUCGAUUUGCUUAUAUAGAAGAAAUUCUUUAUUUGGGUUUUCCAUUGUUCGUCCAACGCUACAGUUUUCUUAAUUGAGCGGUUCGUCUUUCCAUUGAAUUUCUAGGGUUUUAUGUUUUGACGCUAAAAGUUUAUAUAUUGGUAGAGAUGGUGAGUUCAGAGGGAUUAUGUGGUUCGUCGCCGCCGGCAGCAGCGCCAAUGACGCAGUAUGGCGUCACAAAGCCGAUUUCCAUGGCGGGUCCCACCGAAGCCGACAUACUAAGAAGUCGUGAUUUGGAAAAGUUCUUGGUGGAAGCUGGGCUCUACGAGAUCAACGAGGAAUCUUCAAGUAGAGAAGAAGUUCUUGGCCGAAUUCAAGAGAUUGUAACUAAUUGGGUGAAGCAACUUACUCAUUUGAGAGGGUACACAGAUCAGAUGGUUGAAGAUGCAAAUGCUGUCAUUUUUACUUUUGGUUCUUAUCGCCUUGGGGUUCAUGGACCUGGCUCUGACAUAGACACUUUAUGCGUGGGACCAUCCUAUGUGAACCGAGAGGAAGAUUUCUUCUUUGUACUGCACAAUAUCCUGGCAGAAAGGGAAGAAGUUACAGAGUUACAACCAGUUCCAGAUGCUCAUGUCCCUGUAAUGAAAUUUAAGUUUAAUGGAAUUCCAAUUGAUCUUCUUUAUGCAAGCAUCUCUCAUUUGGUUGUGCCUCAUGACCUGGACAUCUCUGACAUGUCGGUAUUGUACAAUGUUGAUGAGCCUACUGUUAGAAGUCUUAAUGGCUGCAGGGUUGCAGAUCAAAUCCUGAAACUGGUGCCAAAUGUUGAGCAUUUUCGCACUACGCUUCGAUGUCUGAAGUUUUGGGCUAAAAGGCGCGGUGUUUAUUCCAAUGUGACUGGAUUUCUCGGGGGUGUUAACUGGGCUCUUCUUGUAGCUCGAAUUUGCCAACUUUAUCCUAAUGCUGUUCCAAGUAUGCUUGUUUCACGUUUUUUUAGGGUCUAUACCCAGUGGCGAUGGCCAAACCCAGUUAUGCUUUGUGCAAUUGAAGAUGGACUUGGAUUUUCUGUAUGGGAUCCUCGUAAAAAUCAUCGUGAUAGGACUCAUCAUAUGCCAAUUAUUACACCUUCCUAUCCAUGCAUGAACUCUAGCUAUAAUGUGUCCACAAGCACUCUUCGAGUCAUGAUGGAGCAGUUCCAAUAUGGUAACAGCAUUUGUGAGAAAAUUGAGCUGAAUAGAGCAAAGUGGAGUGCUCUGUUUGAGCCUUAUUUGUUCUUCCAAAGCUACACAAACUAUUUGCAGGUUGACAUUCUUGCAGCUGAUGCUGAUGACUUGCGUUCUUGGAAAGGCUGGGUAGAAUCCCGGCUGAGGCAGCUGACGUUGCUGAUUGAGCGUGACACUUAUGGAAAGCUGCAGUGCCAUCCUUAUCCUCAGGAGUAUGUAGAUGCCUCUAAGCCAAGUGCCCAUUGUGCAUUUUUUAUGGGUUUACAAAGGAAACAGGGGGAAAUAAUUCACGAAGGUCAUCAGUUUGAUAUACGCGGGUCAGUUGAUGAGUUCCGGCAUUCAAUAAACAUGUACAUGUUUUGGAAACCUGGGAUGGAAAUCUAUGUAUCCCAUGUCCGUAGAAAGCAGCUUCCAGCUUAUGUACACCCAGAUGACUAUAAAUGUUCUCGGAAUCUGCGGCUUACUUCUCACCAGCAGUUUUAUAAACUGUCUCGCAAUAAUGGUGUUGCAUAUCAAACUGAAUCUGCGGAGAAAUGCCUUAAAAGGAAAAAGGAUCUUGAUGGAGAAAAUAGUGAGCAACAUAGGCUGGUGAAACAGAGAAGUCCUGAUAGAGAUCAAUCAGGUUCACCUGAGAUUAUAAGUCAUAAGCUUAGUAGCAAUUCUACAGGUUGUUCUACUUCAGGUCUGGAUGAAACGAAUGGAUUUGCUGGAGCAAAUGCAUCAUCGAAUUCCAGUGGUAUCAGCUCUUGUUCACAUGAGGAUAUUGGGAAUGAAUCUACUGCAGGUAGCAGUGAAGGGAGCAAUGGAGGCUAUGAUAACCUGUUGUCUUCUCGGAGUGAUUCGUAUGAUGAUCUGAAAUCCUCUGUGGAGGAUGAACAUGCUGAUAAAAAUAGAGUACUUCAAGAUGGAUUGCCGAAGGAGUUAAGAGCCAAAUACGGAGGUUGGUGUUGUUCUAAAGUCCACGAAUGGAGUUGUCGAUGCAGAGUCUGCGAAGAAUCCCUUGAUAAGGUAUUCCUUCGAUCUAUUUUAAAUGACUUCUCUUCUGUGUUCCAUAUGCAAUGUUUUUCCUUAUAUUGCUUUCUUUGGUGUUCCUUUUGUUGUAUAACAGGUUGAGUUUGGCAUCAACGGCUUGACAUGAGAUGAGAAUUUAGACACAGAAGAACAGAAGACAUCAAAGCCAGCAGUUAAGUAUAAAUUUAGUUCGUCUUUUUUCUUGUUUUCAGGCAAAACCGAAAGAUCUUUUGGGGUGCGGGUUCCUUUUUUAACUCGGCUUUCUUCUCUACACAGUUUUUCACUUUCAGACAAAAAAGG